CUAUGGAGUCCUGGAGUUCCAGGGGGGAGGACAUGUCAACAAGGCCAUGUACAUCAGGGUCUCCUAUGACUCCAAGCCAGACUCUCUGCUCCACCUGAUGGUGAAGGAAUGGCAGCUGGAGCUGCCUACGCUGCUCAUCUCCGUCCAUGGAGGGCUGCAGAACUUUGACCUGCCCCCCAAACUGAAGCAGGUCUUUGGGAGGGGGUUGAUCAAGGCCGCAGUCACCACCGGAGCCUGGAUCUUCACAGGAGGAGUCAGCACAGGGGUGAUUCGACAUGUUGGAGAUGCUCUCAAAGACCAUUCAUCCAAGUCCAGAGGAAAGGUCUGUGCCAUCGGCAUCGCACCCUGGGGAAUUGUCGAAAACAAAGAGGACCUGAUUGGGAAAGAUGUGACUCGCCCUUACCAGACCAUGUCCAACCCGCUCAGUAAGCUGUCGGUCCUGAACAGCAGCCACUCUCACUUCAUCCUAUCCGACAAUGGCACCACUGGCAAAUAUGGAGCUGAGGUCCGCCUCCGCCGGCAGCUGGAGAAACAUGUCUCCCUGCAGAAGAUCAACACACGUUUGGGCCAGGGUGUCCCAGUGGUCUGCCUGAUCCUAGAGGGGGGUCCUAAUGUCAUCUCCAUUGUGCUGGAGAGUUUGAAGGAGGAACCACCUGUCCCAGUUGUGGUUUGUGACGGUAGCGGCCGGGCCUCCGACAUCCUCUCCUUUGCUCACAGAUACUGCGAAGAGGACGGGUAA